AUGAUCACUGAGGCCAGAAUCAACGGAAACGCCUACAUCAACUGUCAGGAAUCCUUGACACUAGAGAACGACAGUGCCAGACCAGCGUUUCAGCACAGAGCUUUCGAAGGCCUCAUCCAACACCCGCUUCCAUUAGGACAGGACGCAUUAGUAUCGAGAGUUCGAGCACUACAGGUCAUUCUAUGUGGCCGCGCCGACCCAAGAUACGACGCUCCAUUCAAUGGUUCGCCCAUCUUACUUCGUCAGUACGCCGAGGACAUGAUUCAAUAUGGUCAUGCCUUGAAGGCUGAAGAAUGUUUGAUGGUACAGUUGGAAGAAAACGAACCGAACAAAGUCAUGCGAAAACAGCGUUACGGAGCUGACACUGUCACACUUCCUACAUUCGAUCUUUGGUGCAUUCCGGAGGUUCGGCAAUCAUUAUACGUGCUGUUUCAACCACAUCCAUUUGGGGAUGAGUCUACACGGUGUUUAGACAGAUUUGGAAAUACCAACCGCUACUGGUUUACGCUUCCAAUCUCUGGCGAAUACACCCUUCUUGAACAACUUCAAGAAGACGAGGAAAGGAGACUUACCUUCCGAUUUACGCCUACAAACCGGUGCAUUUGGGAAUCCCCACUUCACGAUGUAACGAAACUCAGACGAGCCCUGAAUACUCCACUUCCCACCGGACAACAAGCUUUGCGACUACGAUUGGCAUGGAUGAUUAACCUACUUACUGGUCAGAAACCUCCCGAAACCGUCUUCCAAGGUACAUACGUUGAAACACGUAACUUCCUGAAGAUAGUACGAGGAGCGACUAUGCUGGUCCUGGGCAUCCGUGAAGAAGCCUCAACUGUCAAGGUUGAGCUUUCGACUUGUGUACGUCACAUCGCAACAUCAUCCGCUAGAGGCCACAAUUUAGUCCUACCGACUUUUACCCUCUUUACGAUGUACUCCAUGGAGAAGUGGGAAGCUUGGCUCAACGGCUGUUGGAAUCACAUCUUCAACGAAAUCACGGGAAGAGACAUCGAAUCCUGCACCUGUCACCAAGACGAGGAGAUGGAAUGA